AGCGGUAGUUUUGACAAACUUUGUUACACUACGAGAUCCUACUCAAAACUAGCAAAAUGCCGUUUAUGCAAAGGAGAGUGUACAAAAUGGACAAAAUGCAGAAGGCAGAGGAAAGAAUCAAGUCUAAUCCCUGGGAUAUCGAGGCAUGGAGUGUUUUGUUGCGUGAUGCUCAAAGUAAAAAGAUUGAUGAUGCAAGGGAAGUUUUUGAACGUAUUGUUACACAGUUUCCGGUAGCUGGUCAGUAUUGGAAGAUUUAUAUUAAUCAAGAGAUGAAAGCCAAAAAUUAUGAAAGGGUCGAAAAAUUAUUUCAGCGUUGUCUAGUUAAGAUAUUAAACAUUGACUUAUGGAAAAUAUACUUGCAGUAUAUUAAGGAAACUAAAGGAAAGCAUCAAUCUUUUAAGGAGAAAAUGGCACAAGCUUACGAUUUUACUCUGGAUAAAAUGGGCUUAGAUCUUAAUUCUUAUUCAAUAUGGGCAGACUACAUAUCCUUUCUUCGUUCAACUCAAGUUCAAGGUUCAUAUGCAGAAAGUCAAAAAAUAACUGCAACUAGACGUGUGUACCAACGUGCAAUUGUCACUCCUAUGCUUGGUAUCGAAACUAUUUGGCGUGAUUAUUGCAUGUAUGAAAACUCAAUUAAUCCUCUUAUCGCGAAAAAGUUUACCGAGGAACGUAGUCGGGACUAUAUGAACGCACGUCGUGUAGCUAAAGAAUAUGAAGUUAUUACAAAAGGACUGUCCAGGACUAUGCCGUCAGUGCCACCCCAAAAUACACCGUAUGAAGCUAAACAGGUCGAACUAUGGAAGAAGUAUAUUCAAUGGGAAAAAGAUAAUCCAUUGAAAACAGAAGAUAUCAUCACAGUCACAAAAAGAGUAAUGUUUGCCUAUGAACAAUGUCUUUUAUGUCUUGGACAUCAUCCAGAUAUAUGGUAUGAAGCUGCUAGCUACUUGGAUCAUGCAAGCAAAAUUUUGGUUGAAAAGGGAGAUCAAACAACAGCUAGACAAUUUGCCAACGAUACAGCGGCAAUGUAUGAACGAGCUAUUGCUUUACUCAAAACAAAUAUGAUGUUAUAUUUUGCUUAUGCCGAUUAUGAAGAAGGUCGAUGUAAGUACGCAAAAGUUCAUUCUAUCUACAAGAAGUUAGUUUCAUUGGAGAAUAUUGAUCCGACACUACCUUAUAUACAAUAUAUGCGAUUCGCCAGGAGAGCUGAAGGCAUAAUGUCUGCUAGAUAUGUGUUUAAACUAGCUCGUGAUGAUUCACGCAUUACUUAUCAUGUUUACUGUAGUGCUGCAUUAAUGGAAUAUUUCUGUAGUAAAGAUAAAACUAUUGGACAUAAAAUAUUUGAGUUAGGCAUGAAACGUUUCGGUGGUAUUGCGGAAUAUGUAUUGUGCUAUGUUGAUUUUAUGGCACAUUUAAAUGAGGAUAAUAAUAUACGAGUGUUAUUUGAACGAGCUUUAGGAUCAAAUCAAAUUACACAAGAACGUGCACGUCUUAUAUGGGCUAGAUUUUUACAGUUUGAAUCACAGGUUGGUGAUUUGGCUAGUAUUCUGAAAGUGGAAAAACGACGUUUACAAGCAUUGGAUAGUUCGAAAGAAUUUUCAAGAUUAGAAACCGCACUUCUGAUUGAUAGAUAUCGUUUCCUAGAUUUAUUACCAUGUACAGAUUCAGAGCUUAGAUCUUUGGGUUAUCGAGAACUGACUCGCUUUCAGCUGGCUGGAAUUGGCAAAGGGUAUGAUGAUAUAUUGUGCGGUGUGAUCUCUUCCCAUGGAGCUGCUGGGGUCUCUUUAGGAUCCACACUAUCUGGUGUCUCUGGUGGUAGUGCAGGCGUAGUCGUAGGUGAUGCUCUUGGUUCAACAAUCAAUGGAACUGACCCAAGGCCAACUUAUCCGCAGCCUGAUGUCAGUCAGAUGUUACCAUUUAAACCGAAAGCUUAUCCACGUACUGGGAGUCACCCAGUAGCUGGUGGUGAAUUCCCACCACCACCGGCUGCUUCCUCUUUACUGAAACUAAUUCCACCGCCACAAUGUUUUCACGGUCCAUUUGUUGAUGUAGAUAAAUUUUUGGAACAUUUCCUAGAAUUGGAAAUCCCUGAUGGUAAGUGGAUUUAAAUAUAUUGAUCCGUCAUUACAGCAAAUGGAAAUUUAUUUAAUAAUUAUCAUUCAUCCACUGUUUUAUUAUUUUACCAUUGUUUAAACCUAUGCUGAUAUAUCACAUCUCAGACCAUAGCUUACAAACCGUUAAAAGUCAGGAGUCGUUGGACAGUUAUUUAUCCUAGUUUGGGACUCCGUAUUGGGUUAGCUUUGUUGUGCUAAUUGUAUCAUUUGUGUUUAUGUACUAUUUGUAGACAAAAAAUAUUAAUGUCUAUCGUUUUGUAAAGGUCUGUCACAAGCUAAUCAAUCAACUUUUUUGUCGGUAUCAUUUUGUGAAAUUAUCGAAACUAUCACAUACAUACUCUUAUUUACAUGCAGCAGCAAUUUACUUAUUUAUCUACUUACUCCUGUUACCCCUCGUGCAGAAUAGGCCUUUGACCAGCAUUCUCUAACCAACUCUGUCCUUUCCAGUUUUUGCCAAGUGCUGUUCAUUCUUCUGAAAUCUGUGUCCGAUUCCCGGAGCAAUAUAUUCCUUAGUUUGCCUCUUUUCUAUUUUCCCUUGGGGAUUCUAGGUUAGUACUAACCUCGCAAUGAAGCUCGAUGUUUUCCACAAUGUAUUUCUUUCCCACCUCUAGUGUCUUUCCUCAAUUUCUUCAUCUAAAAGCUGGUUUGUUCUUUGCCACAGUAGGUCCUUGGUAAAUAUGUCUGGCCAAUGGAUCUGGAGUGUCUCAUGUAAACAUCGGUUUAUUAAUGCCUGUCCCUUUUUGAUGAGUUAUAUUAGUUCCCCCGAUUUCUGUUCCGUACCAUGGGACUGUCUUGGAGUUUGUGUUAAAAAAUUCUGAUUUUGAUGUUGACUGACAGUUGUUCUGAGUUCCUUAGUUGUGGGAAUAGUACCCUUGCUCUUAGCAGUCUGUGCCUUCACAUCUGAAUCAGAUCGCCUUUGUUUACCAACUAUAGUGUCCGGUUAUGUAAAAGUUUACACCUCUUCCAGAGCAUAGUCAUCAAGUGGGAUUUCGUCGACGCUCACAGUAUCGUGAUUAGGGGUCUCGCUUUUUCCGUUGUAAAUGUCUGGGCCUACUGUUGCAGAAUCCGGUGCUACACCGGUUAUCUUCACCUUCAUUUCUCGCUGUUUAUGAGACGAUCUUCUUAGGCACACCAUAGUGUCUAAAAAGCUUUCAUACGGCUCUCCUAUCCAUUCAGUCAAAUGAUUUCUCAUGUUCAACGGUGAUCCGUUAUGAUAGUAACUAAAAAGUCACAAGUCGAUCACGACCGAAUAACUGUUUCGUGUAGAUAUUUAGCCUAGGUUCAAGCGAUAUGAUACAUGCUCUUACAUAGUUUUCGUAUAUGGAAAGAGGCACUAAUAGAGGUAGAUUCCAAUUCAUGGUGGAAAUAUUUCCACGAACCAUUUGUGUAAAGAGCAUCAUUUUGUCUUGUAAUGCCAUUAUGUUUACGGAAAUACUGUUUCUGUACAGUUAAAAAAAUUUUUAACUUGAGCUUCUAUUGUUUGCGUAAUAGUUGAAAACAGAAAACGAAUAUUGACUCACUUCUGUUUCUUGUGUGAUCAUUUUCAAUUCAUGUUUCUCGAUGAGAUAUUUGAUCAGUUUUAAUUACUAUUAUCAUUAUUUACCCGUUAAAGUAAAUCUGUUGACAAUUAUUCUGUGUCUUCAUUCUGUCAAGAUUAUAUGGAAGUUGUUGCAGGUGAAUCUGAAGAAUUAGCUACAAGUAUUGACUCUGGUACAGCUUUAUCCAUUGAAUUGGCUAGUACAGCGACUUCCGCUGCCCCACUUUUAUUGGCUGCUCGUAAACGUCGACAGCAAAUAGCUUUAGAUAGUUUAGCUGGACAUGGUAACCGUGCUUCUGUGGCUAAUCAAUCUAAAUUGCGUAAACGAACAAAUCUAAAUGCCUUUGGCGACUCUGAAGAUGAAGAAGAAGAGGAUGAUGACGACGAUGAUGAUGAUGAAGAUGAACGUGCAGCUGCCUUAUUAGGGGGUCAGAUUCUUGGCUCUGGGUCAGAGUUAAGAAAUCCUUUGUCGGCUGCUACUCUCGGCUGUAAUGUACCUAUGGAUUUAUAUAGGUUACGGCAAAUGCAAAGAGCUAAGUAACGUUUUUUUAACGUUUUCCUCCUUUGAGGGGAUUCCAUUUGUAUAAAGUUUGUAUUCCCUUUAAAAUAUUGAUAAGUUUUUGUAAUUUGAUCAAUAAAUGUUUCUUUAUU